AAUCCUACUCCCAUAUUGUAUAUUUUAUAGCCUAAAGCACCACAGGAAAAGGUGGGGAGAUAUGUAUAAAUUUGAGAAGCCUUCAAACAGUUGUAUACUGGGUACGUAGCAAGAAAGCAAGCAAAAUAGUGACAAGACUUUGAGGGCUUUGAUUAUUAGAAAUGGCCAUUAAGACUCGAAGCUAUUCUGUCGAUGGCAAGCACGAGAUGACGGUUGAUGAGUUCAAGAGAUGGUUAAAGAAAUUUGACGAAGAUAAAGAUGGAAAGAUAAGCAAAGAUGAGCUUGCUGAUGCUAUACGAGUCUCGGGUGGAUGGUUUGCUGGGAGGAAGAGCAAAUACGGCAUACGAUCUGCGUAUGCCAAUGCCACAGGCUUUGUUGAUGACAACGAGAUAAAAAAAAAACCUUGCAGAGUUUGAAGAAAAACACUUAAAUGUGAGGAUUCUGCAUUUGUAAGGUGCUGAUUUUAGCCAACAUUACACCCCUUUGUUCUUUAUUUAUAUAUAUAUAAUUGAAUGAAUUAACUAAUGCAAACUA